UUCCAUGUUGAAAUUCACUGAGCUGGAAUUAAGGAUGCCAAGGAUGUUUGAAGACAACAUUCCUUGAACUCGAAGUUUGUACAUACUGUACAUAGCCAACAUGAAAUCAUUUCAUUUCGGUAGCUAAUGUGUUUAAAAUCUGAUUUGAUCUGUUCAAACUCUUAAACCCUUUAUGUCCUUAAACAGGAAUAAGAAUGAACCUUCAGCUCUCACUCCUGUUACUCCUGUUUUGUUUACCUGGCUAUAUGUCCGCCUCUGACCGCAACCUGGUCCAAUUCCGUGAGAUGAUCAAGUGUACUCUGCCAGACAGCAACCCUCUCGUGGACUUCGGUGACUACGGCUGUUACUGUGGGCUGGGUGGGGGAGGAGAGGCAGUGGACCAGCUAGACAGGUGCUGUCUGGUGCACGAUAACUGCUAUGGCCUGGCUCAGAACCACAGCGCUUGCGAUUCCAUCUUGGACAGUCCCUACACAAAUAUUUACGAUUUCACCUGCAAUGAAGCCAGCCGGACAAUUUCAUGUUUGUCCUCCAACGACGAGUGUGACCUGUUCAUCUGCGAAUGUGACAGGGUGGCGGCUGAAUGUUUCGCCGGCGCGCCGUACAACGCGUCCAACAACAACCUACCCAGUGGAAGCUGUAAUGCGGCCCCAGGUGUUCCUCUCCCACCUGUCUGGGUUCACCCCAUGACUGUCCUCCUGUUCGUCUGGCUCACACUACUAGAGAGAACCUUAUGAUAACCAUUCACAGGAUGAGUGUAGCGGAAAGUGCGCACAUCCAGCAAAAAAGCAUCAUCAGGUGCCAAAUCAAAAAAUUGUCACAUGUAGGAGCGGGAAAGGAUUUGCACACUGCCUGCAAAAGACUUAAUUUAUUAGGAGCAACGUUUCGAUCAUAGAUCUUCUUCAGGCAUCAGAUGCGUUGCAGAAA